AUGAAGUUGGACGAUGCUAUUGAGAAGGGAGAGAAUGGGUUGAACAAUCCAAGUGGAUCAAGUGAUACUCCGAAGGAUAGCGGAAAUGAUCAAGAUUCCUUAGAACUUCAAUGUCAUUUAGGUUUGUGGCGUCGGCCAACUCCUACUCCAGAGAUGGAGAUACGAGCAACAUCCUUGGGCAGCAUGACCGACAUAGAAAAAAGCGUCAAUGAGAUGGUCACGGAGAACAAUCUAAGGCUAGUUGGCCUUCUGACGCCUCACCAGGAUGUGAGGGAGUCAACUGCGAGGAGUGCUACCGGUGGAGGAGUUCCCAUGCAGCACCAAGAUGUGUCACAACCUCCAAGGAGGAGGACAAUGGGAGUGGCCAUCAGGGAACCCUCCAGCACCCUAGGAGCAGCUGCUGCCCCUGUUCCACCAGGGAAAGGCAAGCAGAAGGUUUCAGAACACCCUGAGCCUAUUCUUGAAUCCUCAUAUGAGAACAUCAUGUCAGCUGAAGAUCUGUUCGACCUGUACAGCGAACCUGAACCUGCUGCUCCUCCGAGCAAGAAAAAGUGGAGCAGGCAACACCUCGGAGAGAGCAGCAGCAUCCCUCUAACAAAAAAGAUUCAGAUUGCGGAUCCUCCAACACCAGCUUCUUCCAAGGAAACAACACCUCCUCCAGCUCCCAUCGACCAGACAUCUCCGCCAGCCCCUGUUGACCAGACACAUCCUCCAGCGCCUGUUAACCAACCUCCUCCAACUCCUACUGAUCAGACACCUCCUGAUCAGACAGGAGAAGCUUUAAAAAACAUUGUGCUUAGUUCAUCCAAAGAUAGGAUGACUAAGUUAUUGAGGCACCGACGCAGCCAAGAGGCCAUCAUCGGUACCGACACCAUGGAGGUCGACCAGAUCAUUAACCGCGCUCUGAGCAAAGUGCUCAGCGGAGUUCUAACCAUGAGCGCUAGCUGGCGUCGCUCGGGAGCCCUGACUGCUCAAUCCGAGAAGAAAAACGCUGAGUUGCUCGAACAGAAGGCUAAGCUGUCCGAAGAGCUGAAACAGCACCAGGCUACUUUGAUCAAAGCCAUCGAAACUAAAGAGAAGUACAAGGAGGCUUCUUUGCUUAAUUUUAAGGAAGCCUCAAAGCUUCAAGAUGAUCUGGUCAUCAGCAGAAAAGAGACUGAGAGGUUGGAGGAACGCAUCAAAGAGCGCGAGGAGACCAAUGCCAGUAACCUAGAGAGGUGCCUGGCUCACCUUGAAGAGGAAGAGCGAGCGAGAGUUCCAGCAUCCCCCGAAAUCUCUUUGUCUAUGGGAAUCGAUGGCAUAGAUAAGGAAAUCGGGGCCUCCGUCGACCAGCAAACUCCUCAAGAUCCUCCUGUUUCAUAA